GGCAACCUUCCUCUGCCCGGCGACCGGUGACGCGCGCGCAUCCUCGGUUCCCAUUGGGCGGCGGGCGCGGGCUCGGCCAAUCAGACAGCGGGGCUCGGGAGCUCGCGGAACCGAUCCUGGGCACAUCACGGAAGCGGAGCCGCCGACCGUUUGGGGGCUGGGCGCGAGGCUGGUGGGGAUGGAGACCCCGGCCUGGCCCGGCCCGCGCCUCCCGCCGCCGCCGUGGCUGCUGCUGCUGGGGCUGCUGGGGGCCGCUCUGCUGCCGGACGCCUGCGGCAGGUCCCACUGGCUGCGCUAUUUCACCACCGGAGUGACCCGACCCGGCCCCGGGCUGUCCGAGUUCACUACCGUGGGCUACGUGGACGACGUGCAGUUCGUCAGGUUCGACGGCAACGGGGGACGGGGCCGGAUGGAGCCGCGCACCCCGUGGAUCCGGGACAACGAGGGAUCGGAAUACUGGGACUGGGAGACACAGAAGAUGAGGACCUGGGCGCAGAGUUUCCGUGUGAACCUGCAGUCCGCACUGGUCUACUACAACCAGAGCAAGGAGGGGUCUCACUCCUUUCAGCUGAUGUACGGCUGCCAGCUGCGGGAGGACAACACCACCGGCAAAGGGUAUUGGCAGUACGGUUACGACGGGAGGGACUACCUUGCGCUGGACAAAGUCACGCGGAGCUGGACGGCGGCGGACGCCGGGGCCCUCAACUCCAAGCGCAAGUUGGAGGCCGACAGGACCAUCGCCGAGAGAGAGAAGGCCUAUCUGGACGGACAGUGCAUCGAUGCUCUCCGGAGAUACCUACGGUUCGGAGGGCCCAGUCUCAUCCGGACAGAUCCCCCCGAGGUGGAGGUGACCCGUCACCCCGGCCCCGACGGGGAGGACGUCAGCCUGCGGUGCCGGGCCCUCGGCUUCUACCCGGCGGACAUCAAGUUCAGGUGGGAGCGGGAAGGGGAAGACGUGAGCCAGGAAACGGAGUUCGUGGACACGCGGCCCAGCGGAGAAGGCAACUUCCAGAAAUGGGCGUCGGUCAACGUGCCCCGGGGAGAGGAGCAGAAAUACGUCUGCGUCGUGGAACACGAGGGCCUGGCCCAGCCCCUCGCCGUGAAGUGGGUUCCAGACGCAUCCCCACCCAUCGCGGCCAUCGUGGGGGCUGUGGUCGUCAUCCUGCUCGUCACCGCGGCCGUGGUUGGGUUCGUCAUCUGGAAGAGGAAGAAGUCAGGUCUCAAAAGGAGGCAACUACACCCCAGCAGGCUCUGACUCAUCCAUUCCCAUGAAAGCCUCAGCCUGAGGGAGUCAUCUGCGUGGGACAGAGGAGCCCGGCUGCCCCCACCCUUCCUGCUGACCACUUUCUCUACCCGCCAGCCUAAACUUCUCGACACCCCGUCAAAUCUCCUCACCUAUGUCCAAGCACCCCCAGCUCCUCCCCAAACCGGAGUGUCCCUCUACUGAGGUUUCAACAAGAGCCAGUCCAUUCUCCCCAUCCCCCAGCUGUCCCCUUUCCCCGUGCUCCCUUCCUACCGUGCUUAAUAAUUGCCAUUAUUAUUAUUAUUGUUUUUCCCACCCCUCCCCCCUUCCCCCUCUUGAUUGCCCUGAAUCAGUAGUGUUUCUCCGAUCCCAGAUAACCAAGAGUCCGGGCCAUCCCGCUCCCCGGACCGACCCCGCCCGAGAGGCUGGUGGGGAAGCCAGGAAAGCCCCUGCCGGGCUGGGUCGGGCCGGGUUAUGACCCCUCCCUGCAUUGCUGUGACCCCUGUGUCUAGGAGUCGGAGGGAUGGGGGAAAGGGAGACUACUGACCUGCUUGGAGGAGUUUUCCUCCCGCGUAAACGCAGCCCCGGACCCUACUUUUUAAAGGUCAACUUCUGAAUGGAUUUCUCUCUCUGACUUGUCUGCGAGACAGUAGCUGCAAUUUUUUUUUCUCAAAUAAGAAAGCUAUCACAGGAAGUGUUAUGGAUCACUUAACUUCUCUGUGCCUCAGUUCCCUCAUCUGUAAAAUAGGGAUUAAGUAAGUAUAAGCCUCACAUGGGACAACCUGAUUACCCUGUAUCUACACCAGUGCUUAGAACAGUGCUGUGCACAUAGUAAGUGCUUAACAAAUACCAACCUUAUUAUUAUGGAUUAAAAUAACUGUAUUCCUCC